GUAUCAGUAAUGACCUCGUCCCGCUUGACUCUGAAUUAUUUUAAAAUAAUAAUAAAAAAAAAAACUGUUUCGUCAAAGGUCACACAUCAUAUGAUCGAAGUGUGACGUCAUUCCAUUCGACACAACCGGUUUUCAACAUUCACUGAGUGAAGAUGCGUUGUACAGAGUUAUACUAACACGUUAACUGCACCUGUACACAUCCCCCCUCUUAAUUAUAAUUAUUAAAAUAAGUAAUGUAUAGGGGUAUAAACCUUACGUUUCUAUAUUUUUUUCUAAAGUAGAUACUGUCAAUAUAACUUCUGCAAAGUGACGUGCUGGUAGAACAGCUGCUAUUUACACAUAGCAACAGUACAGAGUCCUUCCUAAACACACACACAAUUGCUUUUUGUAUGCCAUCGAAAAUCUAUAUAUAUUCCUGUGUAUAGGAUCACCCCCUGUAAAUUUUGCAAAUAAAAUUACUCAAAAAUGACACCAACACCUAAAGAGUUACUAGUACAGAAAGACGACGAGAAUCGGAAACUUCUUCCAUGUUCUACACCAGCCAAUUACAAUAGUAUAGGUAUUAACACCGAAUCUUCUAUCGUUAACGUACAGACUUUUAGGAGAAGAUGGUGGAUCCUGGCUUUAUUUUCGGUAUUAUGUUUAGUCCAAUCAUUAGCUUGGAUAACGUGGAGUACCAUCCCAGAAUCUGCAAAGGCAAUCUUUGGUUGGAACGAUGGAACACUCGCUUUGCUUGCUGAUUGGGGAAACAUUCCAUUUGUCAUUUUAGGAAUUCCUAUUUGUUGGUUUCUAAAUAAAAGAGGACUUAGACUGAGUGUAGUAUUAACUUCCGUCUUAGUAUUCGUUGCAACAGGACUUCGAUGUAUCUCACACAAGACAGAAAUUGCCACACCAUUAAUACACGUAGCUCAGAUUCUGAACGGAAUAGCAGGAGUAAUCGUAACUGGUGCACCGAGUCUUCUAUCUUCCAUAUGGUUCCCGACUAAACAACGCACAACUGCCACUUCCAUAUCCAUAUUAUGCAAUUAUAUGGGCGUUUGUUUGGGUUUCCUUCUUGGCCCAGUUAUUUUAGAUACGUCUGGUUUACCUCCAUGUUUCAAUGAAACAUGGGGUAAUUUGACUCACGGUUGUAUAAAUUACACUUCUGAACAGUUAAAGACAUUUGUACAUAAUCAUACACAACGUAUAAUGUGCCUGAUGUAUUUUGAAUGUAUUCUGGCAGCGUUAGUACUUCUACUCAUUUGUAUAUACUUUCCUGGAAAACCUCCCCUACCUCCUACUGCUUCGGCUCAUUUGGAUAGGCUGGACUUCAUCACUUCCUUUAAACUUCUAAGAAAAAAUACAAAUUUCUGGAUUAUAUCUUUGGGUUAUGCCAUUACUAACUCGACAUUUGCUAACUGGAUUAGCAUGUUAGGGGUUGCGUUAGAAUCGUUAAAUAUCACACAGAAUGAAUCCAGUAGAAUGGCCACAUUCGCAACAUUAAUCGGUUGCAUCCUUUCUCUUUUCAUGGCAAGGAUUGUCGAUCUGGUCGGAGGUUACAUAAAACUCACUCUCGUCAUUUUGUGGACUAUCGGAUGCGUCAAUUGCAUAGUAUAUUCCCUAGUUUAUCAGCAUUAUCUUCCAGCAUCUUUAGAAAUCCUUUAUCCUGUGGUAAUCAUCAUCGGAGUAUUGUCAUAUUCUCCUGGUCCACUAUACAUGGAAUUAACAUCAGAAGUAACUUACCCAAUAUCCGAAGGAACGAUAGGAGUGACGUUGCAAACUCUGGUUAAUUUUUUCGGAUCGAUAUUUUUAGCAAUUUUCUUAAUUCCUAACAUAGGUACAAAUUGGAUGAAUUGGUGUUUGAUAGGAGCAACGGUCAUCGGAGUUGUCUUGGCAAUUCUUCAGAAAGAAUCAUACCAGAGAUCAAAUUUUGAUAAAACUGCUUUGAAAUUUGCCGAAGAUUCUGAUAAUUCGGUUGCAUCCGAAUGAUUUUUUAAAGAAAAAUUUAUAUUUGAAUAUAUAAAUAUAUAUUCUUGUGUAUACGUGUUUAUACGACGACAAGUCUUAUUAUUAUUAUUAUUAUUUUUUAAAUUUU